AGUUUCUUUGCUCGGGACCGCGCACGGAGCCGGGGCCGGGCCGGAGCGGCGUCCCCGCUGCCCUGUCUUCGCGCGCUGACCCCGGGCCCGGCCCCGGCCCCCGCCUCACCGAACCAUGCUGUGCGGCCGCUGGAGGAGAUGUCGCCGCCCGCCUGAGGAGCCCCCUGUGUCGGCCCAAGUCUCAGCACCGACCGCGCUCCCACACUCGCCGGCGUCCUCGGAAGGCGGGACCAAGAGGCCCGGGCUGCGGGCGCUGAAGAAGAUGGGCCUGACGGAGGACGAGGACGUGCGCGCCAUGCUGCGGGGCUCGCGGCUGCGCAAGAUCCGCUCGCGCACGUGGCAGCAGGAGCGGCUGUACCGGCUGCAGGAGGACGGCCUGAGCGUGUGGUUCCAGCGGCGCAUCCCGCGCGCGCCGUCCAAGCACAUCUUCUUCCUGCAGCACAUCGAGGACGUCCGCGAGGGCCACCAGUCCGAGGGCCUGCGGCGCUUCGGGGCCGCCUUCGCGCCGGCACGCUGCCUCACCAUCGCCUUCAAGGGCCGCCGCAAGAACCUGGACCUGGCGGCGCCCACGGCCGAGGAGGCGCAGCGCUGGGUGCGCGGCCUGGCCAAGCUGCGCGCGCGCCUCGACGCCAUGAGCCAGCGCGAGCGGCUCGACCAUUGGAUCCACUCCUAUCUGCACCGGGCAGACUCCAACCAGGACAGUAAGAUGAGCUUCAAGGAGAUGAAGAGCCUGCUCAGAAUGGUCAACGUGGACAUGAAUGACAUGUACGCCUACCGCCUCUUCAAGGAGUGUGACCGGUCCAACAACGAGCGGCUGGAGGGGGCUGAGAUCGAGGAGUUCCUGCGGCGGCUGCUGAAGCGCCCAGAGCUGGAGGAGAUCUUCCAUCGGUACUCGGGCGAGGACCGCGUGCUGAGCGCCCCUGAGCUGCUGGAGUUCCUGGAGGACCAGGGCGAGGACGGCGCCACGUUGGACUGCGCCCAGCAGCUCAUCCAGACCUACGAGCUCAAUGAGACAGCCAAGCAACACGAGCUGAUGACACUGGAUGGCUUCAUGAUGUACCUGCUGUCACCUGAGGGGGCUGCCCUGGACACAGCCCACACACACGUGUUCCAGGACAUGAGCCAGCCCCUUGCCCACUACUUCAUCUCCUCCUCCCACAACACCUACCUGACCGACUCACAGAUCGGGGGGCCCAGCAGCACCGAGGCCUACAUCAGGGCCUUUGCCCAGGGAUGCCGCUGCGUGGAGCUGGACUGCUGGGAGGGGCCUGGGGGCGAGCCCGUCAUCUACCAUGGCCACACCCUCACCUCCAAGAUUCUCUUCCGGGAUGUGGUCCAAGCUGUGCGUGACCACGCCUUCACGCUGUCGCCAUACCCUGUCAUCCUGUCCCUGGAGAACCACUGCGGACUGGAGCAGCAGGCUGUCAUGGCCCGCCACCUCCGCACCAUCCUGGGGGACAUGCUGGUGACACAGGUGCUGGACUCCCAGAAUCCCGAGGAGCUGCCAUCUCCGGAGCAGCUGAAGGGCCGGGUCCUGGUGAAGGGUAAGAAGCUGCCAGCUGCUCGGAGUGAGGAUGGCCGGGCUUUAUCAGACCGGGAAGAGGAGGAGGAAGAGGAGGAGGAAGAAGAGGAGGAGGAGGCUGCAGAGCAGAGGCGGCAGGCCAAGCAGAUCUCCCCGGAGCUGUCAGCCCUGGCCGUGUACUGCUGCGCCAGCCGCCUGCGGACCCUGCACCCAGUCCCCGGCCCUGCCCAGCCGUGCCAGGUCAGCUCCCUCAGUGAGCGCAAGGCCAAGAAGCUCAUUCGGGAGGCAGGGAACAGCUUUGUCAGGCACAACACCCGCCAGCUGACCCGUGUGUACCCGCUGGGGCUGCGGAUGAACUCGGCCAACUACAGCCCCCAGGAGAUGUGGAACUCGGGCUGUCAGCUGGUGGCCCUGAACUUCCAGACGCCAGGCUACGAGAUGGACCUCAAUGCUGGGCGCUUCCUCAUCAACGGGCAGUGCGGCUACGUCCUGAAACCUGCCUGCCUGCGACAGCCCGACACAACCUUUGACCCCGAGUGCCCUGGACUCCCUAGAACCACUCUCACCAUCCAGGUGCUGACUGCACAGCAGCUGCCCAAGCUGAACGCCGAGAAGCCACACUCCAUUGUGGACCCUCUGGUGCGCAUUGAGAUCCACGGGGUGCCUGCGGACUGUGCCCGAAAGGAGACCAACUACGUGCUCAACAAUGGCUUCAACCCCCGCUGGGGGCAGACCCUGCAGUUCCAGCUGCGCGCUCCAGAGCUGGCGCUGGUCCGGUUCGUGGUAGAAGAUUAUGACACCACCUCCCCCAAUGACUUUGUGGGCCAGUUCACGCUGCCUCUCAACAGCCUGAAGCAAGGGUACCGGCACAUCCACCUGCUUUCCAAGGACGGGGCCUCGCUGUCACCAGCCACGCUCUUCGUCCACAUCCGCAUCCGGCGCUCCUGAAGGCCCCACUGACCCAUCUUGGGGGUCUGUGGAUGCCAGUCUGCGUCCCCUGCAGAGCCCUCGCCCCCUCUGGAGUGGAGGGGUGGUGGGAGUACCAGCCACGCCCCCCAGCCUGCCCACUGGGCCCGCUCACCUGGUGCUGGGCUCACCUGGGUGCUGAUGGGUGCUGAGGGCUUCCUGGGUCCCUCCUGAAGAACAGGUGUGAUCUGUUCCCUGCAGAGCUGCUCGUGUGACUUCACAGAGCUCCAGCCCUGGGGCUCUGAGACAGCCCCAGCUCCUCUUGUCCUCAGCCCUCCUCCUCACCUGGGCUAAUGAAGAGUCAGGACUGUUGCUGCCAGGAGACUUGGGGAGCAGGACACCUGUGAGCCCCAGCCCCUCUCUGCCCACCAGCAGGGCCAUCCCCGUCUCCUUCCCCCAGAGGAGCACAGCUGCCCCCUUGCCCCAACCCUGGGCAUUAGCCGGCCCCUGAGCCUCGUUUCCUCCCAGGCUUUCCUGGACGACUCCCCCAGCUCUUGCACCUGAACGCCCCUUCCCUUCCCAAAGCAAGAAGGGAGCACCGAUGCAGCCCUGGGGAACCUGGCAGUACGUUUUUAACUUGUGUCCUACAAGAGCCCUGGAGAACAGUAG